CCCACCGAGUGGGUUGGGCGCUGCUCCAGGGUGGCUGGGUGUGGGUCAGAGGAAGGUGUGAGCAGUGCCUCGAAGCCCGAGCCGGGCCCAGGAGUCGGCCCGCGCGCGAGACGUGGGCUUGAGGGUGGCCGGGCGAGGCAGCCUGGGACGCGGCGACCGGCCGGCUUCCGAGGCGGGCCUGGAAAGCCGCUCCCGGCGUCCGUGCGGUCGGGGGCCGUGGGUCCGUCUGGACGGCAGCCGGCGCGGUGUUCAGCUCUCUCCUGCAGGGUUUUCGGGAGACUGUUCUUCCGUUCGACUAUUUGUUUUCUUUUUUGCGGUGCUGGAUGUCCAAGGCUGGUCCUUGCUCAUGGCAGUAUUGGUUUAUGAAAUUUUACCAUCAAUUCAAGUAAUCAAAAAUGGAAAACUCUACAAAAUCAGAGGAGUGUGAAAAGCUGUCUUUUGAAGAGGUGAAAGCAUCAGUAGAUUGUGAAACAAAGUCUUCACACAGUAUUGAAACCUCAACAGCUUCUGGGACUGGACUUUCUGAAAAGACUCCUGUCUGUGAACAAGUGGACAUAUCAAGAAAGAGGAAAAGGUUUGAGGAUGGUCUUAUAGAGGAAAGUUCCAGUUGUGGAGAAGAUAGUCCAUCGAAGAAAAGAAAUCUUGGUGUUGAAAUUGUCCCAGAGGAAAAAGGUUCAGGUGAUGCUGACAGCUUUUCAAAUAAAAGAAAAAUGGAAACUGAUGGUGUUCCUUCUGCUGGAGAUAGCGCUCAGAGAAAGAGAAAACUGGAACUGGAUGAUGCUCCAGAAAAACGGAAAAAACUGGAAGAAGGACACAGCUCUGCAGUGGCUGCCCACUAUAACGAGCUUCAGGAAGUUGGUUUGGAUAAGCGUAGUCAAAGUCGUAUUUUUUAUCUAAGAAACUUCAAUAAUUGGAUUAAAAGUGUGCUUAUUGCAAUACCCAGCAAACGAGAACUCUAAACUCACCUCUGAGAAGGCCGGAGACUAUGAGCAUGCAGCAGCAUACAUGAAGAAUAGACAAGUGAGGUUGCCACUGGGAACUCUAAGUAAAUCAGAAUGGGAAGCUACAAGUAUUUACUUGGUCUUUGCCUUUGAGAAGCAGUAGUAAGCUCACAGGCACUGAGGCAGCUCUGUCCCGUGCAGGAUUGAAUAUCCGUCUCAGACAGACUCGACAGCGCUCUCUGUGUGCAUUGUAAUCGUAAAUUCUAAAUGUCUAAAUGUGCAGGCUGCUGCUGGGAACGCCAGUAUAUCUAAUGUUUGCUGUCUGUGACAGAUAAUUUUGCGUGUGUAUGUAAAAAUGAGUUGGGACCUUCAUCUUUAGAAAUGUAUUUUUAAGUAAUGUGCUAAGAAUUCAUUUGCCUCUACUGUGUUCGCUCAUAAAAGUUAUCAUAUGACAUGUUAAAGCAGCUGGACUCUACACAGUGCUCCAGUUUAUCGAGUGUGUGUUUACAACAGUCCACUUCCUGCAGCUGCCAGUGUGGUGAUAGAGCACACCAGCUUGCCUGUGUGUGGGCUCAUUUCCACAGUUGUGUCACAUGGUAGUUUUAAGACUAAAUGGAUCAUGUUGUGUACAUUUAAAUGUAAAUGUUCAGUAUAUAUUACUAUAGAUUUAAGUUUGUAACUUGAUAUUAGAUUGUCAUAAAAUUACUUAGCUAGAAUUUUUUCUUUGUUGUAUUUCGGUAUAACUAUUUGCUAAUAUGCUGCAGUUCCAGAACUUUUUAGAACAUUGACAUGGCAGCAUAGAGUUAUUUUGGGAUUUUCUGACUUUCUGUUAAGAAUUUUCGGCUAUAGCAAUCAUUGCAUCCAGCCGUCAGAUUGUUACUAGGCACCACGCUUGCCCUCUUCUUCGAGUAGGAAUGCCGUGGUGUAGCUUUUCUCCAGAUUUAGUGACACUCACCCCCCCAUAGACCUACUGGAGUUUUUCAGAUUUCUACAUGUAACUGCAAUAGGCAUGUGGAUUUUGGAGUAGUCCUGACUGAUGUUAGGUCUAGGUUACUGAUGCUGAAUACGCAGUGCAGCCAGAAUUAAAUGCUUCCUGUUUCUCUGUUAUAUCAGUGCUUUUACACAGUAGGAGCCAUGUGUGAUCACCAUUUUGGAUUUUCAUUUGCCAUUUCAGAAUCAUUGGCAGGUUAGCAUUUGUGGCCAGGCUUGGUGAUAAGCACCUGUAGUCCACUCAGGAGGCUGAUGCAGGAGGGACACAGGUUUGAGGUCAGGCUGGGCAACUUCGUGUACCAAAAUAAAAAUAGAAAGGGCUGGGUAUGUACUUCAGUGGUGGAACACUUGCCUAGUGCAAGGCUCUGGGUUCAACCCCAGCUUCUUAACCAAAAAGACAGUCAUGUAAUUGACAGUUUUUCACAACUGAUGAUUGUGUGAACUGUUGUCAUUACAUUAUGUCAGCAUUUAGGAAACUUGCUGGUUUUUAGUACUGAGAAACUUUAAGAGCAGAGCAAAGCAAAGUAAUUGUGUAUUAUUUAAAUCACUUAUUUAAAGCAUGACUUACAAAGAUGUUGCUUUCUGUAACUAUCUGUAGUACUUGUUUUAAAAACAGCCUUAGUUUGUAUCUGUUGUUCACGGUGUUAGAUUAGCAGUCAAGUAGCAAACUUAUGUGUGGCUCCCAGUGGCCAGGCAGGGCGACUGCUAAUACUAGGAGGGGAGCUGCUGCUGGGGUGCGGGCUUGCCUCAUCCGGCCAGGUGCCAGUGUGUCUGGAGAGUUUGACAGGUGCAGAGAGCAUACUCAUCCCAUCCUAUGCUGCUGUGUUUUGGCCUCAGUUAACAGGUAAUACGUGUAUUUUUAGUCUUGUGUAGCCCUUUCCACUCCAUGGGUCAUUUCAGGGAGAGAAGAAUUUCCCCAAGGGAUCGAAUAAUUGGUAAAACAUAGCAGAGAGAAGAGCAAAGGUAGAGUUACUGAGGCUUUUGGUGUGGAGGAAGGAGAAGCUAGCUGGUGGGAGAAGGGCUCUGGGCCCAUGCCAGCUGUUGCAGAUGCCUAGCACAGAGUGCAGACAACCACAGUGUUCCUGGAACUAUUGUUCCCUUGCUUUAUCUGUUGUCCUUACUACCCACCACUGUGAGUCUGGGCAGUGACAGGGGUCAAGGUGAAAGGGCUGGGGCUCUCUUGCAUUCUGCAGGCCUUUCCUGUGUGCGUCUCACUGGGGAGGCAGUUAUCCAGUGGUCCCAGCCCUGCCACCUGCCAUGCAGUUUAUCCUGCAUGGUGGAGUUAGAGAUGAAUAUCUGAGCAGCCAUUUGUGGAAUGGCACAGCCUGGUGUGGGAGCAGGGCUGUAUUGUGUAUGUCCACAAGCACCGACAUUGAAUUCUUUGGGUCUGGGGUCUGCCUCAGGGAAAGGCAUGGUGGCCAGUGUUGAGAGGCCUAGUGGGACUCCUGGGGACACUUGGCCUUGGACAGGAAGGAGAAUGAGCCUGUGUAGACUGGAAGUUUGCUUAUAGGUACAGCCUACUCCGUUAUCCUACACUUGGAACUUGAAGAAACAGGAUUGCUGUCUGAUUUCAUGUGUGUAGUUGGGGAUCAGAACAGAGGGCUAUCUUGAUGAGGUUGAGGGCAAGGUGCACUGUGUUCAGCAGGGAAAAGCAGAAAGGCUUGUGGGCCACAGAGAUUGAGAUCCCAGCCACACCAGCUCUCCCAGGAAGAUGCCCUGGAGCCUGUCUUGGUUCAUUGCAUAAGUUGUUCUCUGUGCAUCUGGCGUGCCUCUAAAAAAGAUUUGGCUUCUUGUUAGGCCUGCAUGUGGUAUGGAAGCACCAGUGUAGACAUUCUAGCUGCUGAGCAUUAUUUUCACUGUAAACUGGCUCUCUGUUGUCUACCUCAAGCUCUAUGUACUUGAGUUAUCUGGAACCAGUCACUGCAAAGGUCCUUAAAUCUGCAAAGUAGAGGCCAGACCCAGGCACGUGGACCCUGAUAGAAGUGGUACCAAAAUGCUUGUGGUUCAUUGUGGCUUGGCUGUGGGGACUUUGGUUGAACCCCAAGCCCUCUCCCUAGAACUGCUUGGCUAUCUUCCUCAGGGACAGUAUUCCUUGGAUAAAGCCGAGUUGACAGCUCACAUUUUUGAGACUCCUAACUUGUGUCAUUCGCUAAGUGUUUUGCCUGUGGUAACUCAUUUCAGUCCCUUUAAUAUCUCUGAAGUAAGCACCAUCAUUACCACUGCAAUGACAAGAAAAUGAGAGAGAGAAGAUGCUGACCCAGGUAGCAUACACCCUGGCUGCAUGUCACAGGUGAAUCGUCACCUCGUCACUAUCUGCAGCCUGAGCUGUUCACUGUGGAGGCUCCAGUAUUUUGACUCAAAAUGUUGGUGCUUUGUUCCAUGUUCCCUGAGAGGAGUAUUGAUUCCUUCAUGAGAGGCUUUACAGGGAGGGUGGCGAACUGUCCAACACUUAAUGUACUGAUAGGAGGCAGAGAACCUUGAAUUCUGCAGUGGGAUGAAGACCUGCUUCUCACAGCCAGGCCUGAAAGCUCUGUCAGGAGUGGUGCUCUUCUGCUUUGGUUGUGGAAUUGCACCAGGAGACUUCCUUGGCCUCUGCUGAGGACCAAGCUCUGCAAGUGUAACAUUUGUACAGUCAGGUCAGUGAUUUUCACAAGUCGAUCACAUGCAUGCAGUUAUAUCUCCUACCCUGUCAGGUCCUUUCUGGUGACACCUUCCCUUGCUGUAACUAACCACUGUCUGGUUCAAGGAGUAUUAUAUGAAUGGAAUUAAACAUUAUGCAUUUGUUGUAUCUGGCUUCUUUGAUUCAACAGUAUGUUCAUGAGAUUUUUAUUACAUGCAUUUGCACAUGGUUCGUUCUCAUAAUUGUGUAAUAUUCCAACGUAUAAAUAAACUACAUAUUACCUGA